AAUAUGAUUUGUUUUUUAAAGGGAGGGGUGGAGGUAUUUUGAGCCAGACAGGACCCUGACAGAGCAGCCUUCACCAAAUGCUUGUGUCAGGAUACUUUUUCUCCCCUGAGGUCCUGCUGGGCUGAGGCUGCCUCUAGCUUAGAGGUUGCAGGUGUCUCAAAGAAAAGCAGUGUUGCCCCACCCAGCCUUCUUUUCACCUACCUCUUUGCUAAAUUCCAAAGUUGUAAAUGUGUCUUCUAGGACUCAUGGUAUUCUGGAGCUUUCAUUUUAGUUUUAUCAUUAUCCUAGAGUUGUAAAUAUCAAAGAGUCAGUGGCUUUGUGGGGUAAAGAAAAGUCUAAAGCCCUGCUUUGCUUUUUAGCUCCAAGUAGGACCAGCCCUCACUGAGAGUCUCCACCCCUGUGUGGGAGCCAAGGUCAAGAGGAGCAGUGACUAUGCAGGGACAGUCUCUGGGUCAUCCGUGGGAGGAGAGUCCCUUAAGAUUUUAAGGAGAUUUUCCUGAAACAGCACUCACUGUUCAACAGAAAUUACAACAUGAGCCACGUGUGUUUUAAACUUUCUAGUAGCCAUGUUGAAAGAGGCAAAAGAAAUGAAUUUUAUCAAUAUUUAACCUAAUGUGCCCAACAUUUAUUAUUUUGACAGGUAAUUGAGGUAAAAAUCAUCAAGGAGCUGUUUUACUUUAUUUGGUUCUAAGUCUUUCAAAUGCACUGCAAUGUAUACUUUAUACACAACAUAUCAAUUCAGAUGCAAUUGAAUUUCAUAGGAAAUACUUGGUCUGUAUUAAGGUAUCUGAAGAUUACAGUUGAAAAAGCAGAUUCACACACCCUAAUUGUUCUAGACACACUUGAAAAUUUUCCAAAAUUUGACUCCAUUAUCAAGUUUUUAAUUUAAGUGGAUUUAAAUGAAAAAUUAAGCACCUCAACUGCACUAGUCACAUUUCAUGUAUUUGUUCACCUUCUGUGCCUGGUGGCUUCUGCACUGGACAGUUUCAGUGUAUGAGGGUCUCUCCAGAAGCUCCUUGUCCCUUGUGACACCCACAGAAAGCAAGACUGAAGGAACUUUACUUUGCAUAGUUAGACCAGUCUCACUUCUUCACUGAGCCAGAAGUCUGUGGGGAUCUCCUUUAGACAAUCAGGUGCUGACUGCCUAUUUUUCCAACAGUGAUGCUAAGCCUCAGGAGGGCUGAAUUGUAUAAUUCCAACUACCUGUGUUAGAGCCAGAGCUUCUGCUGGUACCCAGGCCAGUGUUCCUCCUCUUCCCCCAGGACUCCAUUUUGUGUCCUUCCAAACAAACACCCAGUAGUGACUCAGGGGAGAUGAAGGAUGAGCUCUUCCCUCCCUCACUUGACUAGGCUUCAGCAUUCUGCCCACCUAAGGUUGGUUGUCCUUGAAGAGACGUGGGACACCUGGAGGCAUUAAAAAAAGCACUGGCCUGUGCUGCUUCUCAGUUCUUUUGGCAGAGCCUUUCCUCUGGCAGAGCUGCACGUGUUCCAGGCACAAGCCAGUUUCCACUCCAUGGGUUUGGAGGUGUAGUUAGAGGGACAUUUUGUACUUAGGAACUCAGCAGCUGCCCCAGCAAUGUUUUCCAUUUUCUGCCCUAUAGUUGCCACCAGUCUGGCCUGGGCCCCAGUACCUUGCCUUCAGGAAUCACAUCACAAGUGGGGGACAAGGCACUCAUUCAGUUCUAGCAAGGGUCUCUGUGGGGUGCACCCCUCCUCACCCAGCAGCUCCAGCUACUUAGCUGAUAUGGACUCAGAAUCCAAUACUGUGCUCUCCAGAAUUAUUAGAAAACUUUUUUCUUCCUAGCUUACAUGCUCAAAAAUAUUCAUUUAUAUCAGAACUUGGAAUGGUUCAUCUUUGGGGACAUAACUGUCAUACUGCAGUAGGUCAUGCAAAUUACACAGCCCAUUUAAAAAAAUUUUUUGUAGAUGGAUACAAUAUUUUUAUUUUAUUUUUGUGUUGAGCCUCACAUGUGCUAGGCAAGUGCUCCACCACUGAUCUACAACCUCAGUCUGCUGAGCCCACUUUUAAUGUCUUACAUGGACCAUACAGCCAAAUUUAAGUUCUCAUGCUAGAGCUCCAGCUUUCAUGAUUUGGCUAUGUUGCUUUCCAGAGGUUUCAGGAAGACUGGUUAUGCAAGUAAUACUUCCUGUUUACCCACUUUUAAUUAAUGGCUGAGGAUGAUGAAUUGUGACCACAAAGUAUCCUAAUGUCAUUUACUUAAAAUGUUUUACCCUUGUGCCAAACAAUUGGAACAGUCUUGUUUGUACACAAGUUAAACCCAGCAAAAUUCUCAUCAGCUACAUCUCUCAACUACUUUCAUAGCUGAAGAUGAUUAUUCUGAAUGUAAAAGGUCAAGAGUCUGAAGUUAUUCAAAGCUGAUUCUUGCCAUAAGAACUGAGUAGUGAGGUUCUUUUCACCAUCCUUGGGUAAUCUCAUCCAUUCUUAUGGUUUCUAUCCCCCUUUGUGUUGAAAAGUCCCAGCUCUGCUUCUCCAGCUAAUGCCAUACUCCUGAACUCCAGUGUCUCAUAUUCAGCUGCCUACUAGACAUCUCCAGAUGCAUUAUCAUGCAGACUCCCCAAAUGCAGCAUGUCCACAAUGCCCAACCUGUUCUUUCUGCAAUACUAUUUCCCCUAAAUGUGCCACCAUCUCUUAAUAGGCCAAAUCAGAAACCCAGUCUGUCUCCCCACUCUGCCCUUAACUUCUGCCUUCCAAAGCCUUGCAGGUUCUGGUUCCUGCUUAGCCUGCAGUCUGCUCUUAUCACCUUCCAUCUGGAUUUUGAGCCACAUUCUCGCUCAUCUACAGGCUUCCAUAGUGUUCCUUAUUGUUUUCCCCUCCCUGCCUAGUCUUGUCUACUCCUCAAGGUUAAAGCCUUACUGCAGGGGUACACCCAGGAAGGUCGAGGACUGUCCAGUAUUCUUCCUGCAUGGCUUCAUCCCACCAGGUUGUGUCACCUGCUGUGGGAGGGCCUUGUUCACUGCCAUCUCCCCUGUGCUCAGUAUAUGCCUUAUACCUAAUAGGUGCCCAGUAAAUAUCUGUAGAAUAGUUGACCUAGACAGAGAAGUUUGUGCCAAGUACAUAUGUGCUAAGCAUAUUGCCUGCAUUAACCCAGUUAACAAAAGUAAGAUCAGGGUGACUUUUUAUAAGAUGGUCUUGGCAAAGUCCUGGGGAAGUUGUCUUCAACUAGGGUGAGAGUGAUGAAAGACAGUAGGUAGAUUUGAGCUACCUGUGCAGCCCAGAGUUCACACAGCUUGCUGGUAGUUUGGAUGAGAGCUGAGUGGGCAGGAGCCAGCAAAAGGAAUGAAGGAACUGUUUGGCUCUCUGCCUCAACGACUGCCGGGGCAACUGCUGCUUACUGAGAAGAGACAAAGAGCAGUGUUGAUGAAUAAGUGUGUGUGGGGGAAAUUGAAAUUCAUUUUGAUAUGUGAGCAGUUUGAUAUACUAUCUAGUAACCAGGUAAAAAUGGGUAAAUAAAUCUGCAUCUCUGAUAAGAUCAAGCAAACUGGAUUUCCUCCUUUAGAACUCCCUGAGGUAGGAACUCUUAACAACUGAAGUCACAUAGCUUCUAUAUCUCAUAGUGAGUAAGCAGAGAGCCAGGGUUUGAACCCCCUCCUGAGCUGCUCCACAGGGAAUGGUGUCUCCAGCUCCACUUGCUGCCCAGCUCAGUUUUCUCCAGUGUAGAUCUCUCCAAGCCAGAUAUAGGAAUUGUCUUAGAGGCCAGAGUGUGCAGUGCUUGUAGAUUUUAAAUGUAGUCAUAGACAAGAAGUACAGGAUGGAAGGGAAACAGAGCCAGGGGAAGACUGGGGCCAGGUAUAAUUGUGGUCACAUGGCACAGUUUCUAUGUUCACUGGAAGACUUCUGGGCAUUGGAGCCUUAUAUAACAAGAUCCUUCAUAUGUAGUUUUGCUUAUACCAGAGAGGUACUACUGUCUGAGAUAAAAAUGGUGUGUGUGUGUGUGUGUUUUGACAGUGCUGGUGAUUUAGUCCAGGGCUUCAUACAUGCUUAACAAGAGCUCUACUACUGUGCUAUACCCUAAGCCCUGUAGUUUGAAAUAUAUUUUUCAAAGUCAUCCCUUAAAAAAGCACAAGUGUGUCAAAAACAACUCCUUCCUUUUUAUUUUAAGAUAAUGUGAAGGUUGCACUUGGAUACUCAAUUCAUGAUUUUUUAUAAAUAAGAAAUGUUGCAUGUCUCAGGUUUGGCUCCUGCAGGAAGAGAAUAGCUGUAGAAUGUAGGCUAAAGUGUGUGCUUUCAUCUUAGGGUAUGUGUGCACUUGUAAAAUGUCCACAUAGAAAUAUAUGCUGAUUUGAAAUAACCUCCUCCUUCUGUUUUGUUUUAGGGAUGAUGAUUCUUAUUACUUCUCACCUAAGUUGAAUAAGCACCCUGUGCACUUUAAUCACCUGUCUGCGCUGUUGGGCUAACUGAAGAUAGGAUUUUGAAAUCUCAGCUAUAAAGACACCCAGCCAAAGUCUCAAUCUUGCCUUAAUAAUGUUCCAGAGGCUGAAUAAAAUGUUUGUGGGUGAAGUUAAUACUUCUUCCAACCAUGAACCAGAAUUUAGCGAGAAAGAAGAUGAUGAAUGGAUUCUUGUUGAUUUCAUUGACACUUGCACUGGUUUCUCAGCAGAGGAAGAGGAAGAAGAAGACAUCAGUGAAGAGUCACCUACAGAACACCCUUCAGUCUUUUCCUGUUUACCUGCAUCUCUGGAGUGCUUGGCUGAUACAACUGAUUCCUGUUUCCUCCAGUUUGAGUCCUGUCCAAUGGAGGAGAGCUGGUUUAUCACCCCUCCCCCAUGUUUUACUGCAGGUGGAUUAACCACUAUCAAGGUGGAAACGAGUCCUAUGGAAAACCUUCUCAUCGAACACCCCAGCAUGUCUGUCUAUGCUUUGCAUAACUCCUGCCCUGGACUCAGUGAGGCCAGCUGUGGGACUGAUGAAUUUCAUAACCCAAGUAGUCCCAGAGUGGAAGCCCAAAAUGAAGUGGGGCAACACAUCCACUGCUAUGUUGCAGCUCUUGCUGCUCAUACAACUUUUCUGGAACAACCCAAGAGCUUUCGCCCUUCCCAGUGGAUAAAAGAACAUGGUGAAAGGCAGUCUCUGAACAGAAAUAGUCUUCGUCGCCAAAAUCUUACCAGGGAUUGCCACUCCCGGCAAGUCAGGCACAGUGGCUGGGUGGUUCAUCAGCCCUGCCCGCGUCAGUACAAUUACUAAGAAUUUCAAGUUUUGCUGGUUGGUUUCUCUUGGUUUGUGCACCUGUGUGGGAAUGUACGUAUAUGUACAAUGAAAAUGCUGUCUCUUUAUAGCCAAUUGAUGACCAAUCACAUAGUUUAUCAGUGUAUUUAGACACUAUCUUAAAAACCAGAUUUCUAUGCUGUGUUUCACAUAAUGCCUUGCUCCUAACAUGUACUUUUUUGUAAAAUUUUUCAGGAUAUUUUUGGAAACAUAUCAAUACAAUUACAGUGUUUGGUGUUUGGGGAUGUCUUUAAAUUUAUUAAGGUGUACACAGGUUAGUCAGCAAUUUAAAGACAUUUCUUCCCCCAAGUGCAAGAAUAGGCAUCUUACAAUUUUCAUUUUAUUUUGUAUUACUUAAUCUUUUGAGUAAGCAAAAAUUUAUUCUCAGGGUCAGCCAUACACUUUAUUGACCAGUACUUGAUAAUCUUUUCUGUAUAAUAUGAAUACAUUUUUACACACUAACAUGAGCAUUAACAGGUGAUAGUUGCCAUUGGAUAUAAUGGAAUUAUGGCUGGACUUUCUUUUGAAAGAAAACUUGAUAUUUUCUGUAUGUGAUUAUUUUUUUCCAGAUUAGUCAUGCAGUUCAUUGUGGAAUUCAGGUACAUUAAGCUUUAGUGAACAGUCAUUCAGCAAUUCCGAUGGGACUAUGGAUGUGGUACAGAUCAGGUGUCAUGGACAAAAGCACUGUCUCAUGUGCAGAGGGAAGAAAUUAGACCUGUGAAAUUAUAGUUGAAAAAACCCAUGUCUAUAAGUAACCCAUUAGUCCAUAUUUAAGUUGUUUGGAUUCUUUCCUGCCAUCUCUGCUCACUCCUCCUCAUAGCAGCUAUAAAUUCAGAUGUACUUGUCCAGACACUUGAGUGACUUUUCAUAUUUCUAUCUGCCCACAAGAAAAGCGAUGGACUUCUUAUUUCUAGACACAGUGAAAACCCUCUGACAUGGAGCUGGUCUUGCCAAGGGGCAAGCAAGGGUGAAGAGGGAUUCUGGUGAUGUCUUCAUCGUGCCUGUGAGAAGAGUGACAGGUGGCUUCCUUGAGCUUUCAUUUUUUGUUUUAACUUCAGGCAAAAUCUUGAACCACUUUGGCCUCUGUUUCCUCCACAACAGGAGAGUAGUAACAUUUACCUCCCUCACAGGGUCGUUGUGAGGAUCGCAUACUGAUGGGAAAUGGGGCUGUCCACAACUGAACCUCGUGUGAACUUCCAAGGGCCUUUCUACUGAAUCUAGUGAUGGCGGGCUGUCGCAGUUCUUCUGCCACCAUUGUUCUUCACAGUGUUGGUGCUAAUGAGGCCAGGGUGCAGGGUUCAACUCACACGAAGGCCAGUUAACUCGACACAGAAAAAUCUAUUUCCGUACCUCUAGCCAGUUGCUUCAUUUUUUCACUCUGGUGAUGGCUUCUUCGGAACUGUCCACACCCUUGCUAGCUUCCUCUGAAAUUAACUUAAAUGCAUUCACGGUUGAAAGCUCAUGCUACUCACAAAACAGUAGCACUGCCUGCACGAUCAGCCUAUUUGUCCAUCUCCUCUGCAACCCUAGUAGAUGAGCACAUGUCUAUGAAAUGUUUUCAAGGAAAAAGCAGCAUAAAGUCCUGUGAAGUAUUAUAUUUUCGUUAACCCUGCAGCAGCUUGAUGCAGGGAACCCUGGGAGACUUCCAGGGAAGAGCUGUGCUCUUUUCUGACACGACUGGGGCAUUUGAGUUGGAAAAGGUCAAACAUGUAGUUAGUUGGUGGUUUAGAUUGUUCUUCCACUGGCUGUGAUGAAGUGCCAGACGUCUCUUUAGAACAAGAGUCUAGAUCCCCCUUCUUUCUUUAUUCCCCUUUUCUAAGGAUUUCCCCUUUUAUUUAUUUGUUUUCUAAUUAGGGGCCAAGUCUGUAAAGUUUUGUCAAACUGAGAAGUUAUUUGUUAAUAUUUGUGUUUAUCAGAGUUGGGAGAGUUUUCAUGAAAGUGUGUGUGUUACACCGCGUCUGUUCUACUCUGGUGACUCGAAAACAAACCAGAGAGGUGUCUUUUGGACCUAAACUUCUGCCUUCAUGGGGCCACUUUCAUACAGUGCAUGAGAGUCGUUAGUACCCCACAAGCCACAGAAGUUCAGUCAUGAGAAUUUGUUAGGCGGCAUGAACAGAUUUGUAUAUAAAACUGCAAUAAUUUUUUAAAACUACUUUUUAUUUCAGACUUCUUGAUACCUUAAAUACAUUUAUGUCUCUAACAGUUAUUGACUUUUUGUUUGCCUUAUCUGGGCCUUGUUUUUUUAUGCUUUGUACCUGGAAAACAAAAAAAUUCAGUCACUGGGACUUUUUUUUUUUUUUUUUUUUUCAGAAUUAGGAUUACCAUACCACCUGUGAUGAAAGACUGUGGUUUUGUGUCAGUAUCUAAGAUUUCUGUCUAAAAUUGGUACAUGUAAGAAUUGAAUAAAAUGGUUAUAUAAUUCAGCUGAAAUUCUUGGUCAUGAGAUGUUUAAGAGGUAUUGACCAUGUGUAAGACAUAAGGCCAACAAAAGAAUGAUGUUGACUUAUUACAUAUUCUUUAAAACAUGGCCAAAAAGCAUUUUGUGAAUUGAUUGCUAUUUUUGCUAUUGUGAUUAUUAGUGGUUUACAAUGCAUAUUUGUGCAUAUUACUUAAAAGUUCAGGCAGUGAGAAAUAAGAUUCCUCUGAAUUUGGGAGCUCUGACUGUUUCUAAACUGAUACCAUAGAAUGUUACUUGGAAAAAGUCUGGAAUGUGUGGUGCACACAGGCAGUGCUUCAUGAAUAGAUUUCCGACUUUUUAUAAUGCACCACAUUCCUCAAAGUUUAUAUUUUCAUUAGUAAAAUAUUUUAUAAUGUGUACCCUAUGUUUAUUUUUCUUCCUCAGCUAAUCAAAUUAUUGUCUGCACUAUAAGUUGAAGAUUAGCUAUCUGUUAUUUAUCUUCUGUAGCAAUGCAUUUAUAUGGCUGGGUGGGUGGGAAGUUUUUUGCAGAAAAUGCAAAAUGAUUUAGACUUCCUGUUACAGGGAGAUAUCUCUCUCUCUCUCUCUCUCUCUCUCUCUCUCUCUCUGUCUCUCUCUCUCUCUCUCUCUCUCUCUCUCUCUCACACACACACACACACACACACACACACACACGCACAAACACAUUAAUUUCCUGUAUAUUUUUCCAAUUCCCAUACAGACUGUUCCUGUUUACAUACCUUCUCUGUUCUAUCAGUUCUUUGAUUCUAGCAAGAAGAUAGUUUACUUAAAACUUGAGAGGGCCAUUCAGCAUUACCUGUUGUUUUUGCUUCUCAGAUCUGUAUAGUAGACUGGUUUUGUAAUGCUAGUUUGUUGAAAUUUGAAUUACCUUGCUCUCUCUUCCUCCUUAAGGAAAUAUAUUAUCUUUUUUAUAUUCUUAAGAAAAAAGAGCAAGGAAGGACAUCUUCAUUAUUCUUAUUUUCUUUGAGUUGGAAGCAAAAAAUGAAGGAACCCAACUAGAAGACAGAUAUCUGCAUUUAAAUAGAUUAGUGAGAAAAGUUUCCAAGUAUUUGUUUCUGUUUUCAAAUCAGUUAAGAGACUGCUCCUUGUACUAGGAGAUACUAGUAUGUUUGUUAUGUUACCUUGAAAUUAUCUUUUAUUUUAUAAGGCCCAUAAAUACUAGUUAGACUCUUUUAAAGAUGGGUUCCUAUCAUGGAUAGUUUCACAGCUAUCAGCCAUGCUGAUGUAUUAUUAAUGACAUCCCUAUGUACUUAUUUUAAAGCUUAAAAUUUUAUAUAAAAUGCUUUAUUUAGAAAACUUACAUAAUAAAAUGGUGUCAGUCUUGCCAUGUAGCAAUUUCACUUGAAAUAUGACACCAAUUAAAGAGGUUUAAGUGGAGGAAAGGGGUACCUACAAGGUACAGAUCAGGAGAACUUUUCUUUGCAACAGUAUCCUUUAUGUGGAAAGAGAAGUUCCUGUUCAGAGGAAGGCAGCUUAUGUGGAUAAUGUUUGUAUAUUGUUGAAAAAUUUCCUUAUGACAUUUUUUAAAAUGUAUAAUUGUUAAAUGUCCAAUUUUGCUCUGUAUUUACCUGAAGUUUUAGUUUUCUAGGUGGACUUGUGUAAAAAAACCAAACCAGUACUUAGAGUACUUGGGGAGGUUGGUGUGUGUUCAGGCUUGGAGUGUGUGAGUGGUUUUGUUUGCCUUUUGGUUGUUUCCUCCAGAGGUUUUGAACUUUAAUUAAUAAUUGUGUGUGUUAUUUUUUAAAAAGUGGAUUUAUGUUUUCCUCAAAUAAAAUGGUGAACACAUUUGCUUUUCAAGGGCAGGGCAUAAGUUAUGAAGACUGAAGAGUGUUGUAGAUUGUACUAUGUGCCUUCUUAAUGUAUUCCUGGACACCUUUUUUUUCAUCAACUUGAAAACUCAAAAGGGACAUUUGGUUAGGUUAUAUACUGUACAUCAAUCUAUGCAUAAAUGGCAGCUUGUUUUCUUGAGCCACUGUCUAAAUUUUUUUGUUUUUAUGGAAAUUUUUUAUACGGAUUGGUUCAUAGAAGGUCAGUUUUAUACAGAGUGAACAAUACAGCACUUUGCCAAAAAUAAGUGUAGCAUUGCUUAAACAUUGUGUAUUAAUACCAGUUCUUUGUAAUUGGGUUCAAUAGUGCAUUUUGCACUGUCUGGAGUUAUAGUUUUUAUUCUGUCAGUAAAUAAAAUGUCCUUUAACGUCA